AUGGCGUUCGAGUUCCAUUUCCAGCAGAAUUCCUUCAUCGAUAUCGUGCACCGGCAAUUGUACUACUAUGCGACCCUUGGCGACCACACACCACUACCAUCGUGGCUACUAUUCGACCCAGCAACUCUGACGUUCUCUGGCCAAGCUCCACUGCUCAGUGCUAUGCCACAGUCAUGGAGUAUCGAGCUCAUAGCAUCGGAUGUUGCAGGGUUUGCUGGAGCGGCAGCAGCUUUCAAUCUUGUUAUUGGAAGCCACAGCUUGAGCUUUGUGCCCAUGGAACAGUACGUGAAUAUGACAGGUGGGACGUUGCUCAACUUUACGACGCUAUUCAGUCAGCUACACCAGACUGCUGCGGGCGACCCAGGGAUACAGCUGGCUUCUGUCACAACAUCGUCAUUCCCUCCGUGGGCCAGCUUAAACAACAGAACUCUGGUCAUCACUGGCAAUGUGCCUGAUAAUGUUAUGGACCAGUCAUUUUCCGUGUCCGUGACGGACACGCUUGGUGGUAGCGCUACGAGCGUAGUCCACCUUCUUACUGGCAACACUUCUCUCUUCUCAGGCAGCAUCGGUACUCUCAUAGCGCAUGCGGGACAGCCAUUCUUCUAUCAUUUCGACGAUUCGCUUUUCAACGGACGCAACCUCACGUUGUCGGUCGUCCUGCCGGUGGCAGGAAAAUGGUUACAGUUCGACGCGGCCUCGUCAGAUCUUACAGGAACCGUGCCAAGUCAAACGGCGGCGACCGGUAUUGCUGCAAUGCUAGUGGCUAAGACAUCGGCUCUCGCGGCGGUGCAGACCCAAGGCUUCACAAUUUCCGUCGAGGCAGCAAGCAGCAGCGCGAGUAGUAUGGUGGCGUCCAGCUCGCGAACUACGCCAUAUCCGACCUCAAUGAGCUUCAGCCCGUCAGCACACGCGACUAUGGAGGACGGUCACCCCUUAUCAGCCGUACAGCGAGACGUUGAGAAGCAGGAGGGAGAGCAGAGCGGGCCACCGCAAGAGGCAGACGUGCCUCCACAGAUUGCCCUCGACCUCCCAUCUCGCACAAUGAGCAAAAGGUCGAUGUGGCUCAUACGCUUCUCACAUCUAAGCCAGGUGUCUUCCCUCGGCAACGGAGAGGAUGCUAUCAGAGCUGAUCAUAACAUACCCGAAUGGGGCGAGGACUCGAGGGCUUUGCACACGCCGCACGAUAGCUUCUCUGUCCCCGCAGAAAUGGCGAGACAUUCAAGACACCUAUCGCAAUCUUCGCCUACGAAGUGUGCUUUGAGGCGAAUCCAGGAGCGAAGGCAAUCCAGAAUGAGUGUAGGCCUUGGUAUCGAUAUCGGAGACGAGGCCACGUUGCCGCGGCACAGCUCUAGAAGGAGCCGGCACCGUAGAGGUGCAAGCAGCUUAGGACUCUCCGCGGCCAUGGAUCGCAGCAGUCAAGCGUCUUUCAGCACUCGCGGCACUAGCCUUUUGUCGACAGUGCCUUCUGACUUCCCACACCCGCCGUCACGAUCGACGUACACUUUAUCUAGGUCGUAUCCGAGCGAUAGCACAGCGGAUAACAGAAGUGUCAACGAAAAGCGACGAUCAUUCAUCCGCAAUCGGGCUAGCACGAGUAUCCAGAGUCCACUGUUCGCUCAUGGAUCUCGUGCAUCGUCCAAUGUUCGUGGAGAUGGCAACGGCUCGAAAGCUACUUCUUCGGUUGGUAGUACUCAUAAGUCGAGGCGUGGCAAGAAUAUGCUCACCGACUACUCUGCAUCGUCGUCUCUCGAGCCACACAGGGAGUCGAAAAGAUUGAGCGCACGAGUAAGGUCUGCUUUUGCACCGGACUUUCCGAGAGCUGUUACUCAGUCAAGUCUGGGCGCGGACGAUGAAGAUGUACUUAACGAUCGAGACUCGAGCUCCGGCUUCGAGACUGUGUCAUCACCAGACAGCGAAGAAGACCUUGCCUCACAGCUGGCCCGGCCAAGGCAUCAGCGUAGCUGGGUACUGCCAGGCGAGGCCUCGCCCACACCACCACCGGCACCGCCAACCUCGCGUCAGGUAUCGAGCGGCUGCAGGAGUGUCUCUUCCGCUGGGAGUGGACUGAUGAGGCAGAAAUGGAAGGACCGCAUAAAAGAACGAUCAUCCUCGCCGCUCUCAGCUGUGGCAGCAGCGCCGGCAGCAAAACCUGUGCGGAGGGAGCGAAAGACAUCCCAGAAAGAUCGUAAAAAUACACUGAGCGAGCCGGUCAGUCUCGUCAGUAAUGACAGCCUCAGCCGAGCGAAGCUAGCAAGACCAAAGCUCGUCCAUACCACAUCGAGUCGACCGGUCAGCGUUGAACAGGUGAAGAGGUUAAGCAGCUUCAAGGCUGAAACGGACACAGGAGCAGGAGCGCAAGCUGUUGACGUGACAGAAGCUGAAGUCGAGCAUGCCACGGAUCUUGAAGCCAGUGUACUACUCCUGGUGGCAGAUGGGUACGGCAAGUCGGGCACGCAGAGGUCCAAUGCAAGUGGGCCUGCGUUCUUGUAA